AUGUCGUUAAUACACUGGAAAAAAGUGGAAAAUGAGGCAGGGUACCCGUGUUAUAUCGAUGAGGUGUCUAGUAAACAACAAUAUGAUCAUCCUGAGUUUCAGAAGAUUAUGGAAUCCCUUGAAGAAUAUGACGGGAUCAAAUAUAACGCUUAUCGCGUUGCAUUCAAGAUAUACGCUUUACAAAAACACCUGAGAGUUCCUCCUCUCCGGAUCAGCUCAGGAGUAUUUGCUAGGCACCAGCUCAGCCUAUCAGAAAGCAGCCUGUCUCUAGACACAGUGGAACUAGAGUCUGUCCUGGCAGACAUUUACUUUGCAGCGGAAAAAGAAGGUUUAUUCACAGGAGACAUUGAUUUAGCUGUGGACUUGCUGAUCAACCUGUUGCUGAAUAUUUAUGAUAGUGAAAGAAAAGAACCAGUACGAGUUUUAGCAGCAAAGACCUUACUUAUAAUUUUGAGUGAAGAGUCAGCGUCUGACAAAUGGGGAGCUCUGGCCAACUGUUGUAUGGACCAUAAUGGCUGUGUGUCACCCAAGAGACUGGCGGCCCUGUUGGCACAUGUGACCGCAUUGUCUGCAUACCUUGGAGUUAUGUGUGACCAUGCUCAAGCUGAUGUGGAGGCUUGUUUUGACAAGAGUGCGGGCAUGCUGGGCGUGAGUGCCCGCGCAGUGUCGGAGUGGGGCGUGCAGCGCUGCAGCAGCGCGCGCUGGCUGCCCGUGCUGCAGCGCGUCGUGGCCAGCAGGAACAGCGCUAAUGUCUCCGCUACAUGCGCUCAUUGCUCUCAACCUCUUAUACAGGUGCUCAAAUUCAAAUGCAGUAAAUGCAGUGACAUCUACUUCUGUGAGAAGUGCUAUUUGUAUGACAAGGACCUGACAACCGUCAGUGGACAUAAGAAGACGCAUCUUGUACAUGAGAUCAUGGACGGACAGACAAAAACAUCAGAAUGUAUAAACUUCAUAAAAGGUAUGAAGAGACUAUUCUUCUGUACUAAAACUAAGAAGAAAGGGCCUAAGAAGGGUUCUAAGAAGAAUGUCGAUAAUGUGGACAGUGGAACAGUCAGAAGAAGGAAGGAUGGCAGGCCUGUGAUCUUCACGUCUACAGUGGGUAAAGCUUCAGGCAAUAAUGCAAGUAACCCCACUGUUGUAUUAAAUGAUAUUAUUACACAGCUUGAAACGCAACACAAAUCCCUCCAAGAGCUGUCGAGCAGGCUUGACAGGUUGUAUGGGAGUGAGGCUGAUGCCAAGAACAAUGACAAUGAUGAGUUGCGGACCAAAGUGGAGGCGCACUGGGCUCACAUGUCCACACAGAUUAGCAGACUGAAGGCUUUGAAGGAGAACCUAUCAUCAAGUCAAACGAUAAUAGUAUCAGAAAAUGCUGCGAAAACCGACAAAAUCGAACGACCGCAAGCAUUUGAUCUAUUCAGUCCAAUACCAGUGCUUGAAAACGAAAAGCAGUCCAAAGUCGCAGACAUUAAAAGCCAGCCGCGGGUACUGAGUCUGGAUUCUGGAAACUUCUCUGUAGUUUCGAAGCCAGAGAGUCAGAAUUUGCUGACCAUGUCUGGAGAUGCUCUGAAGCCUGUAGUCGUGCAUGCCACCUCUGACAGCAUAUCCACUGUGUCUAUGAAUGAUAUCAGCAAUUGGUAUAAUGAAACUGAAUCACUACCAGAGAAAAGAACACGUAGCAAGCCUCGCCUAGCGGACACGACGAACCACUCAUUAUCAGCUGCCGAGCAGAAGUUCGCGGCCGACAUACGACAUGUAGAGGACAGUAACGAUAAGAUGAAGGAACUUAAUGCUGACCUAGACACCGUACUCGAUAGACUGCAGCAGAUAUUGACUAAUAAUUUUGCUAUGGAUGACUCAUGCUUUGACAACACUCAACUGCGGGAGACGGCGAAUGAAAUGGAAGGAUUACUCGGCACUUUAAUACGAGGGGUCGAGCAGAGAGCCACAUUGAACGCUACGAAAGGACUAGUAUAA